UUGGAGCAGAAAGGGCGCAGCACAGGGAGGGGCGGCCCCGAGUCAGGGCGUUGCGAAACGUCUGCGGACAGCCCCUCCUCGGAGGGGAGGGACCGAGGCCAGGGCGUCGCAGCACUGGAUCCCAGAACUUAGUAUUGCGCUGCUGCUCCGACUCUGGCUGGGCUACCCUGUUGGCCUCCUGCGCUCCUCAGCUGGGUCCCCUAGACACGCAGGUGUCCCGCGCGCCUUUCCAGCCAUGUCGUCCUGCAGCCGCGUGGCGCUGGUGACUGGGGCCAACAAGGGCAUCGGCUUCGCUAUCGCACGCGAGCUGUGCCGGCAGUUCUCGGGGGACGUGGUGCUCACCGCGCGGGACGCCGCGCGGGGCCGGGAGGCGGUGCAGCAGCUGCAGGCAGAGGGACUGAGCCCGCGCUUCCACCAGCUGGACAUCGACGAUAUCCAGAGCAUCCGCACCCUGCGCGACUUCCUGCGCAGGGAGUACGGGGGGCUCAACGUGCUGGUCAACAACGCGGGCAUCGCUUUCAAAGUCAAUGAUCCGACGCCCUUUGAUAUUCAAGCUGAAAUGACACUGAAGACGAAUUUUUUUGCCACUAGAAAUGUCUGCACAGAAUUGCUGCCAAUAAUGAAGCCUCAUGGGAGAGUGGUGAAUAUCAGUAGUUUACAGGGUUCGAAAGCUCUUGAAAACUGCAGUGAAGAUCUGCAGGAGAAGUUCCGUUCUGAGACACUCACAGAGGGAGACCUGGUGGACCUCAUGAAAAAGUUUGUGGAGGAUACAAAAAAUGAGGUGCACGAGAGAGAAGGCUGGCCCAAUUCAGCUUAUGGGGUGUCCAAGCUGGGGGUCACAGUCUUAUCAAGAAUCCUGGCCCGGCGCCUGGAUGAGAAGAGGAAAGCUGACAGGAUUCUGCUGAAUGCCUGCUGUCCUGGCUGGGUGAAAACAGACAUGGCCGGGGAUUAUGGCACCAGGACUGUGGAGGAGGGAGCUGAGACCCCUGUCUACUUGGCCCUCCUGCCUCCAGAUGCUACUGAGCCUCAAGGCCAGCUAGUGCGAGACAAAGUCGUGCAAAACUGGUGAACGUCUAUUUUGGAGUUUAAUGGUUAAUAAAUGUUGGUAGAAAGAAUGAA